GAGAACGUAAAACCGAGCUCACAGAGUCGUUGUUGGAGUUCAAUUGUUGUUGUAAUCCAUAAUUUUAAUUGUUAUUCUUUGUCCACUGGAAACAGUUUGACGAUUAUUUGCGAAAAAUGGCAUCUUCUAUCAAAAUUGAUAAUGGCUUCGCCAUCAAACUUUCGUCUCAUCAACUGUUCAAGAAAAAGAUCUACUACAGUAACAGCAUGGACGAUACAAACCAAGCAAAAUUCAGUUACAGCAUAGUGCCCACCACUGCCAAAGAUAAGCAUACGGUGGCUGCUUUCCUAAGAAAAUUCUUUUUCCGCGAUGAACCAUUGAACGUAGCUAUACAGUUAUUGGAAGAAACAGACUCUGCAGCUAAACUUGAAAAUUACUGCAUUAGUUAUUUACAAUAUGGAAUGACAUUUAUGGCAGUAUCUCAAACUGGUGAUAUAAUGGGUGUCAUUUUGAACAACAUAAUGCAUAGAGACGACGUAGAAGAAGACGACGAGGAUGGUGAAACAUGCAAUGACAAUUUGAAGUUUAAGGACAUUGUGGUUCUGUUGGACAAAAUCAAACGAGAAGCAGACGUAUUUGCCCAAUAUAAAAAUGUAAAUCGUAUAUUGGAAAUAAAAAUUGUUACAGUAAAUGAAGCUUAUAGAGGCCAAGGAGUAUGCAAGGCGCUCGUCGAUAAAACCAAAGAAUAUGCAUUGGAAAUGGGUUGUCAAAUGAUUUACGUGGAGUGCACCAGUCAUUAUUCUGCCAAGGCAGUCGAGAGACUUGGGUUUCAAUGCAUUUAUUCGCUGGCCUAUAACGAUUACGUUAACGAACAUGGUGAGAUGGUGUUCAAAACACAAUCUCCACACAGAGGUGCCAAAGUGUAUGUGCUGCCUUUGUAAUAAUAUAACCAUUCGAUUUGAAUCUCUACACAAUUCACCCACCUCCUUUACAAUAACAAUAAUAAUCAUUAGUCGUUACCAG